CGGGCACGCACGGCUGUGCACUUAACCUCUGCCCGCCCGGCUGGAACGCAGAGGCCGGGGCGGCGCGAGCAGCGCGCACUGCCGGCGGCUGGAAGCGGAGGCGGGAGCCCGGGCCUGCAGCCGCUGCCGGGCCGACGAUGACUUGUUACCGAGGCUUCCUGCUGGGCAGCUGUCGUCGCGUGGCGGGCGGCCGGGCAGCGGCGCUGAGGGGGCCAGGGGCGGGAGGCCCCGCCGCGCGGCCGCGGCUCGGUGGUGACGGCGGCGGCCGGCGGCACCUGGGGCAGGGACAGCCGCGCGAGCUGGCGGGCUGUGGCAGCCGCCCCGACGGCGGCUUCCGCCCGUCCCGGGUGGUGGUGGUGGCCAAAACCACCCGGUACGAGUUCGAGCAGCAGCGGUACCGUUAUGCGGAGCUCUCUGAGGAGGACCUGAAGCAGUUGCUUGCAUUGAAAGGCUCUAGCUACAGUGGACUGCUUGAACGACAUCAUAUUCACACCAAAAAUGUAGAGCACAUUCUUGAUAGUUUACGGAACGAGGGGAUUGAGGUUCGUCUGGUAAAGAGGAGAGAAUAUGAUGAAGAAACUGUUCGAUGGGCAGAUGCUGUCAUAGCUGCAGGAGGUGAUGGCACAAUGCUUUUGGCAGCAAGUAAAGUCUUGGACAGACUUAAACCAGUUAUUGGAGUAAACACUGACCCAGAACGGUCUGAGGGUCAUUUAUGUCUUCCUGUUCGAUACACGCAUUCCUUCCCAGAAGCCUUACAGAAGUUCUACUGUGGUGAGUUCAGAUGGUUGUGGAGGCAGCGAAUCAGGUUAUACCUUGAAGGGACUGGCAUCAACCCUGUUCCUGUGGACCUUCACGAACAGCAGCUAAGUUUGAAUCAGCAUAGUAGAGCCUUCAACAUUGAGAGAGUUCAUGAUGAAAGGUUUGAGGCUUCUGGACCCCAGCUUUUGCCAGUGAGAGCACUAAAUGAAGUCUUCAUUGGGGAGAGUCUAUCAUCCAGAAUGUCUUAUUCUUGGGCUGUAGCAGUGGACAAUUUAAGAAGAAGUAUACCCACUCUAAAGGGACUGGCUUCCUACUAUGAGAUUUCAGUUGAUGAUGGUCCAUGGGAAAAACAGAAGAGUUCAGGGCUUAAUUUGUGUACUGGAACAGGAUCAAAGGCCUGGUCAUUCAAUAUUAACAGGGUUGCACCUCAGGCUGUGGAAGAUGUUCUAAAUAUUGCAAAACGACAAGGAAAUUUAAGUCUUCCAUUGAACAGAGAAUUUGUAGAGAAAGUAACAAAUGAAUAUAAUGAAUCGCUGCUCUACAGUCCAGAAGAACCAAAAAUACUUUUCAGUAUUCGAGAACCAAUAGCAAACAGAGUUUUUUCAAGCAGUUGUCAGCGUUGUUUCACCUCAAAGGUUUGUGUUCGUUCUCGUUGUUGGGAUGCCUGCAUGGUUGUAGAUGGAGGAACUUCCUUUGAGUUUAAUGACGGAGCAAUUGCUUCAAUGUUGAUCAAUAAAGAAGAUGAGCUUCGAACUGUCCUUCUAGAACAGUGAAGGAUUUCCUCAGAUGACAAUUUUGAUUACUGGAAAAAAUAGUUUUACUGUGGAAACAGACUGCCAGUCAUAAGGCUACAUUUUUUGGUUAUUGUUGAGACUGGUUGGCCUUGGGCUCAAAGGUGAUCAAGAAAGUGAGAUUUGUAUUAUUCUUCUGUUGGAUUCUGAUGGAAAAGAUAUUCACUGUGUAAGAAAAUGGAUGGACUAAAUUGAUUAGAAUUCAUACCAGUGAAAUUUCUAUAUUGCUUACAGUUGGUUUCCAAGAGUGCUGAUAUCUUUAAAUUUAGAGAGGUAGGCUCCAAUAAAAGAUUAAAUGUUUAGGAUUUGAAAUUUAACUGUACAAGCUUUUUUUCCUUCCUUUUCCUCCUAACUUUGUGGAAUUGGUCAGACCAAACACAUCUCAUUUGAUUAGUAUUUUUUUAUAGUACCUAAAAGUCAAGAUUUUUUAAAAGAUUUGAUGAUGGAGAAUUUUGAUAAAUCCUGACAUUGACCUAAUUGAAGUAGGUAAAUGUGUUUUUUAUAUGCUAAGAGUUUUCUAAUUUCAGAGCACAAUGAUAUUGUUAUGACUAUUGAUUUAAAAAAUUCAAACAAUCAUUUUUGAAAUUAUAGAUGUUUUCAUUUAAUUGACUGUCAGGUUAAUUUUGACAAUGCUGGGUGAAAUAUAUCUGGACAAAAUCAUGACACCGUUUUCAAAUGUAUUAAUUAUCCAAUAACUAUUUUAGGUCUUAGGUAAUUUGUUUUUUAAUGAUUUGAGUGUCUAAUAAAGUUCUUCCUUAUUUACGACUAUCUAACAUGGAUUCAAAGACUAAAAGGAUGAACUAAUUAGACAUAUUCUAUUAGGAGUUUGGUAAAACCUUUAAAAAAUAUUUUCAUCUAGUGUAGGAGUAUUGUCAGAAAGAAAAUGGAUUAUUUAAUAAAUAUGCAAAACACUUUAGUUUUGGAAUUGCCUUACUUAUUAUUAUGGUAGUUUUCACCUAACUCAUAUUCCAAGUUUUACACAUUAGCUUUGGAGGAUAAAAUGUUAUGGCUUUUCUUUUUUUCCUGUUAUGACAGUUUCUUUACCUAAUUCCUGAUCUACUUAUAAGUAAUUCUAGAAUUAUCACAGAAAGUACCUCUUGCUGCAUCAUGAGACAAUUGGUAUUCUCAUUCCAGUUAUUCAAAGUUGUAUUUUUUUUUUCACUUGCUGUUAAAAGCUUUUCUUCAAUCACUGAAAUAUUUAUUGAAUACCCACUCUGUGCCAUGUACUGUGUCAGGUGCUAGAUAUACAUUGGUAAAGUUAACGGACUCUAUCGUAUAGAACUUGAGUCUAGUGAGCUCAAAAGUAAGUUCUGUGAAAGCUAGGAUGUAUUAUAAUCAAAUUGAGUGCUCUUAGUUCUGGCAACAUUUAUCAUGUUCUUGUCAAAAUUUUUAUAUAAAUGUUACUAUACAAAGAUAAUCUGGGUUUUGUUGUAUAUCCAGAACAAGAAUCUGUUUUGUUUUUCCUUAGUUAAGAGUAUCUGCAUAGACACUAAUAGCAAGGAGUUUACGUGAUGCAUACAAUAAAAAUCGGUGUUUUCCCAGAGAUGGAUCUAAUUUCUUGUUUGAUUUAAAAAUGAUAUACUUAAGAUGCCACCUUAGAGAGAAGUGAAAUUCCACACUAUAGAAACUCCCUAACAGGUUUAAAAUACCUUUUUGACAAAAAAGCCAACUCCAUCUUUAAUAUCAAGGAAAUCUGAUUGUCCAAAAUGGUAACAGAGAUCUGUUGAAUAUGUAACAUAUUAAUAGGUAACCUGCUAUGUAAAAUUGUUCAUAAGCCAUAUUUUAAAGGUUUUAAAUAUACUUAAUGUGCUUCAUUUGUGAUAUAACUUCUAACAUUUCUGCUCUGUGGUGGGGAUUUAUUUGUAAGAGAUGAUGAGAGGCAAAGGAUGUUUCAAUAGCAAAAAUGUUUUUAUGCAUGGGUUAACCUUUUCAUGGCAACUACAUGUGAAUAAAAUUAAACCAUUGUUAUCUUUUAUUUUUUAGUUCAUUUCUUUAGCUCUUAUGGGUCAUUAUUUGAAAACCAGAUUUCCCCAAAAUGUUAUGUUUCAAGAGUUUUUUCCCCACUGCUAUGUAUUACUCUGUGCGCUUUGACUUCAUUCACUGCUAAUGUGACACAGUGCUUCUUGGUAAAUGUAAACUCUUCAGAUAAUUUUGAGUUAAUAUUUUUGAUGCUCCAUAUGUAUUUAUAUUCAUGGCCCUAGUAAAUCAUAUUACAUGAACUGCUGAA